GUUGCUAGAAGCUUUCACACAUCCAUCAUUGCUUCUAAGGAAUGGAGACUUAUAGAAAAGUCCCGUAAGGUCGCCAAGAAGCCUGAAUUGAAUGUUGGUGACGCCAGAGGCAACCUUUAUGUCCCACAAAGAAAAAUUGACACCCCAGAUUACAAGUGGGGUGACAGAACCGUCUACAAGAAGUCCAACAGAGGUUUGCUUGGUGGUAAAUUUAUCCAGUACGGUAACCAGGUUUCCGAAAUGAAGAACAAGAUGCGCAGAAAGUGGCACCCAAACGUACAGAAGAAGACGUUGUGGUCUGAAGCAUUACAGAAGAGUAUCCCAUUGCAAGUUACCACCUCGGUCUUGAGAACUGUGACUAAGGAAGGUGGCCUUGACAAGUACUUGACCAAGGACAAGUCUGCUAGAAUCAAGGAAUUGGGCCCUCUCGGCUGGAAGUUGAGAUAUAGGGUAUUACAAUCCCAGAUUUCUAACCAGAAGCCAACCGUCACCGUU